UGUGUGAGUAGGAGGGAGAACAGGUGAGGUCCCUGGUGGGCAAAGCACUCCACUAAUAACAGAUCAUCUGGGAGGAAGUGCAGGUCCAACAAUGCAUCUUCCUGGUCAUCUCCUGCUUCUUCUCACCCUCCUCACCCUUCCCGAACACACCGGGGCAUUUUUCGGCUGGUUCACCCGCAAGACAUCCGGUCGGUCCUCUGGUAGCCAGAAGGAACUGGCUCCAGACCCUCGGAGCCUGCCCAGUGCUCCCUUCGAGAUGAGCACCACCGACGAAAAGUUUCUGGCUGAAGCAAAGCAACUCGAGAUGUCCCCAUUGGACAGCUGUCACUACCAGGUUGUCGGUCAGCUGAGAGCUUCCUGUACGGAGAUGUCGGAGGAAGAGAUUGCAAAACUCGGGGUGGCGCUCUUCAACUGUCAGGCAGAAGUAGAGGACCGUAAGACUUAUCCCUGUACUGAGGACAUGACCCUUGCAGAAUGCACGUCCUCCAUGGAUCCUGAUACCUGGAACGCUUACCAUAUAGUCAGCAAUCGGGCACGCUCUGUCUGUUAUGCCACCCGCCAGUUGCACUUCCGCCGGAGCACAGAGCUCACAGUGAACACAUUGGUGCACACAGCUAUGAGCCAGCUUGAAGCCAUGAAAAUCCUGAAGGAUGGGCAAGAAGAGCUGAAGGAACUGACCUCGGAGUCACUACAGAAGGUUCUGAGCAGCCAGAGUGAUAUCCUGAGCCAGCAGGAGCAGUUGCAGACCAACCAGGAGAAGAUGGAGACCUCAAUCAGCGGCAACCUGGAGCUGCUGACAGAGGAGAAGGCCCUGAUCGCUAGUGGGCACCACUUGGUGGCAGAAAUGAUAGAAGGGAUCACCAAGAAAAUGGAGAAUGUGAGCAGUCAUCUGACAGAACAGGAUACUGAGCUAAAUGAGGGACACAAGGCCAUCCUAGCUGAUCUUUCCGAGGUCCGAACCAGAUCCCAGGAGGUCUACUACAAAAUUGAGUCGAACCUGGCCCUCUUCCUGGCCUAUCAGAACAGAAGUGCCGAGUACUAUAAUGUACUGAUGGAGAAACUUCACCGUAUGAACCAGAGUCUGAGCACAGUGCUUCACGUCAUGGACCACAUGCACCACAGCGUGGAGCACAGGCUGAGCUACAUACAAGGCUUCAUCAGCUGGGCAGGAGGGAAUCUGAAUGCCAUCCACACAUGUGUACUUCAUGGGGCCUAUUUCCUGCUCCUGGCUUUCCUGAUGACCUUCCUGCAGACACCUGGCUUCUCCCGGGCUGUGCUAUCAGUUCUCAUUGUAAUCAAUGCGCUGUCAGAGCUCAACCAGCAGAUGUCUCUGGACUUCCGAUCUCUGACUGUCCUGCUGGUGUGUACGCUGAUCGGUCACUGGAUGUUGCUGAACUUCAUCUGCUGCCUUGUGAAGGUGAAAAACCGAAAGCAUUGCCCUGCUCUUCCUUCUUCUGAACCUUUUUUUAAGUUUGGGGCUUCCAAAGAGAAAGAGAGAGUGUUCCUCAGCUCCACACCAGAGAAGAUGUUCGAGGAGACGCUGCUGAAGGAGGAGCUGAAGAAGUUGGCGAAUGACAGUUUUUUAGAUGAUUCAGUGCUGGGUGAUGACUCUUUGGUGAAAGAUGUGUCAAUCAUCGCAUCUCCGACACCCGUAGACUGGAAGGUGCAGCAUGGAUUGAGGACUCCCAGUCAGUCUACACCAGCUUUUAAGCUUCGCCGACUCAGUCUCACCAAAUCCCUCCGGGUAUAUGAGAGCCCCUCCAAGGUGGUGGCGCAGGACCGAAUACCCCAGAGACACCUGGGUGCUGCAUUCGAUUCACUUUCGGAGUCGAAGAAUUACAGUCCAAACAGCUCAAUGUCCAGUAACCUCUCCGUUUCUUUGAUGUCUCCACGCCAGUUCUGCCAGGCCAUCACCAGAGCCGGCCAGCCAUGCCGGAACAAAGCCAGCAGCGGCCAGGAGUUUUGCCGGGUUCACACCUCAGGGCAGACGUCCUACACGGCCCAGUGAGCCUGGCGCUCGAGUCCUUGUCCUAGGCCUCCCUACUGGUGCCCCCAACCAAGCCUUGAAUACUGGUGCACCCAACCAAGCCUUGAAUACUGGUGCACCCAACCAAGCCUUGAAUACUGGUGCACCCAACCAAGCCUUGAAUACUGGUGCACCCAACCAAGCCUUGAAUACUGGUGCCCCCAACCAAGCCUUGAAUACUGGUGCACCCAACCAAGCCUUGAAUACUGGGUUGUUGUGUUGGGUCAGGUUGGCACUUUGCUUUUCGGUGGGUGACAUCUUAUUCUCUGCAGCCACACAGGACAAGACGGGGUCAGCGGCAAAUAUUCCACAAUAUGAAUUUAUCAGUCAACGAAAUUCGGCGUCCUUUUAUUUUUUCGAUAUUCAUUUUAAUUCGACUGAAUGUUGUCGGAAGGAAUUUUUGACUCUCCUCCCUGGACCCAGAUUGAUGGACUUUUGGGGUGAGCAGGACGGGUAAUAUUUGGGGUUCGGGUCUCGGGAAUGCAUUUAUUAAUCUUACCGUCUAUAAAAUGAAUGUUCGGCCUCCCAGCAAUCAUGCACUUUUACACAGCAGGAUAUUUAUCAUAUUUUAUUGUAUAAUUGUACAUUUUUGUGAUGUUUCUGUACUAGACCUUUUAUAAUAAAUCUUUAGAAAUU